AUGAUCACCAAAUUCAUGACCGAGGUGUCGACCAAGUUCAAUCCUUUCUCCCCUGCGGCCCGGUCAGCGCGACUCUUCCUCUCCCUCCUGCCUCCCAAUGCGCGACAGACGAUUGCUGUCAAGACGACAUUACUGCCGAGGGCGUCGACCGAGCCCAGCUCCCUCAACGUCAAAUUCAAGGAUGGCAAGGAGAUGAGCCUCGAUUGCGAGAAGCUCGGCAUCAAGAGCCUGACGGAGGAGGUCGAUCGACAUUCGCGAAAACUGCAGAAGCAAGCCGACCUGACGGACGGUUAA